AAAGGCUCCGGGACCCGAGAACCUUGAGAAGGUCAGGGCCGCCAGCCGUCGAUGAGCGCCCCUUCCCAAAGCCUCGACCAGCAGCCUCGUUACGCGCCGCUAUAAAAGCCCGUCUGACGAAGGCUCCGGCACCAGUACCUUACCGGCAUAUCAACCAUGAAAUUUGUGAUCCUCGCCGCCCUGGCCGCCGUGGCCCUCGCCGCCCCCAAGCCUGACUACGGCUCUUUCUCCGCCGAGAGCGCCGAGUUCAUCCCCAUCCUGAAGGACGAGCGUGUCCAGGAGGACGACGGCAGGUACAACCUGGACAUCGAGACCGGCAACGGCAUCUUCCUCUCCCAGUCCGGCUCCCCCGACGGCCCCGACGGCGCCGUGGUCAAGUCCGGAGUCUACUCCUACACCGCCCCUGACGGCACACCCGUCGAGGUCAAGUUCGUCGCCGACGCCAACGGCUACCAGCCCCAGUCUGACCUGCUGCCCGUGGCCCCCGCCUUCCCCCACCCCAUCCCCCAGUUCGUGCUGGACCAGAUCGCCUUCGCCGCCGCCGAGGACGCAGCCCGCGACUCCUCCGAGGAGGGCUACAGCUACGCCUAAAGUGCAUCCUCUUCUCUGCGCUGCGUUGUGAUCCGUCUCGAUGUAUUUAUUGAUCUAUUUAUUUUGUAAAUAAAAUAUCAGUCCUCAUAACUACUUUUAAUCAA